AUGGCCCUUCUCGAAUCAGGCCCACCCCCGGCCGUCGUCGCCAAAACUUCUGGCGGCAACAGCGCCUAUCACAACUUUCACAAUGACUUCGCCCACGUCGCCGACGUCAAUGAGCGCCGCCGCCUGGCUCUCGCCGAGAUAGACAAGGCCCCUUUUGGCUGGUACCACGUCCGUGCUUGCGUCGUCGCCGGCGUCGGCUUCUUCACCGACUCGUACGACAUCUUCACUGCCUCACUCUUGACCAUCAUGCUCGGCAUCGUCUACUACCCCGGCUCAGGGGUCAUGCCCGCCAACUCUGACAACGCCAUCAAGCUUGCCACCUCUGCCGGCACUGUAGUCGGCCAGUUGGGUUUUGGUUAUCUCGCAGAUGUCGUCGGCCGUAAGCGCAUCUACGGCCUCGAGCUCAUCGUCAUCAUCUUUGCCACUGUCGGUCAAGCAUUAACCAGCGGCUCUCCUGCAUGCGACAUCAUCGGCCUCAUCAUCUUCUGGCGCGUCAUCAUGGGCAUCGGCAUCGGCGGCGAUUACCCACUGUCUUCCAUAAUAACUUCCGAGUUUGCCACGACAAAAUGGAGAGGCGCCAUGAUGGCGGCCGUCUUCGCUAUGCAGGGGCUGGGCCAGCUCGGCGCUGCCUUGGUCAUGCUAUUCGUCACCCUCGGCUUCAAGUCGCACCUCGAGCCCGCCCCCACCGUUGCUCAAUGUGACGGAGACUGCCGCAUUGCCGUCGACAAGAUGUGGCGGACUCUCAUUGGCAUCGGUGCCGUUCCUGCCUGCAUAGCCCUCUAUUUCCGCUUGACCAUCCCCGAGACCCCUCGGUACACCUUUGACGUGGCUCGAGACGUCGAAAAAGCCCAGGACGAUGUCAAGGCGUACAUGUCGGGCAAGCCCGAAGGAGAGCCCGACGCCGUGACCCGUGUCGUCACCAAUGCCGUCGCCAAGAACAAGCUCGAGGUCCCCAAGGCCAGUUGGACCGACUUCUUCCGCCACUACGGCAAGCUCAAGAACUUUUCUCUCCUCCUGGGCACCGCCGGCUCAUGGUUCUGCCUCGAUGUCGCCUUUUAUGGUCUCUCGUUGAAUAACGGUACCAUUCUCGGCGUCAUUGGGUACUCGACCAAGAACACAAACAGCGUCUACGAUUUCCUGUACAAGACAGCCGUCGGAAACCUCGUCAUUGUCCUUGCCGGUGCCGUGCCGGGCUACUGGGUGUCUGUCGGUACAAUUGACAUCCUUGGCCGCAAGAAGAUCCAGAUGGGCGGCUUCAUCAUCCUGACUGUUCUCUUCAUUGCCAUGGGCUUUGCGUACAACAGCCUUUCCUCCAAUGGUCUGCUGGCCAUUUAUGUGCUCGCCCAGUUCUUCUUCAAUUUUGGCCCGAACACCACCACUUUCAUCGUGCCCGGCGAGGUCUUCCCGACCCGGUACCGCUCCACCUCACACGGCAUCUCGGCCGCCUCGGGCAAGAUUGGUUCCAUUAUAGGCCAGGGCGCCAUCUCCACGCUGCGCACCCGCGGCGCAACAAAGGCCAACCCUUCACCGUGGAUGAACCACGUUCUUCAGAUCUACGCCCUCUUCAUGCUGCUCGGCUGCUUCACCACCCUGCUCAUCCCCGAGACUGCCCGCAGGACCCUCGAGGAGCUCAACGGCGAGGAUGACUACGCUGCUCAGCACUCCUCGCCCGCCGUCAUAACUCGGGGACAGACUAGCGGUGAUAACGACGAGGGGUCUGCAAAGACUGCGUGA